GCCCUGGCAGCUAUAAUAUAGAACUAAGGCAGACUCCUCUCACAAGCGUCUCUAGCCUUGCUACCAUUAAAAUCAGACCCUUUUUGUCUCCCGAUUGCUGUCUCACGACCCAACUCCGAUGUGUUCCGUUAUCAGCGACCUAGAGCCUGCCAUUCCAGCACCUGUCUUGCUAGGGAUCGGUGGAUAGCAUACGAUUCAGAAAGCAGACAAGGACAUAGGAAGAGAGCUAUCUAGAGAGACAGCCAGGGAUAGCCACAGAAAGCUGGGAAGUAAUUGGAUUCAAUGGACGAAAUGCUGCUGUUGACAAGAAUUCUCUUGGUGGGCUUCAUCUGCGCUCUUUUGGUCUCCUCGGGGCUGCCUUGUGGACCGGGCAGGGGGAUUGGAAAAAGGAGACACCCCAAAAAACUGACCCCUUUAGCCUAUAAGCAGUAUAUCCCCAAUGUGGCAGAGAAGACCCUAGGGGCCAGUGGAAGAUAUGAAGGGAAGAUCAUAAGAAACUCCGAGAGAUUUAAAGAACUAACCCCAAAUUACAACCCUGACAUUAUUUUUAAGGAUGAAGAGAACACUGGAGCUGACAGACUGAUGACUCAGCGGUGCAAGGACAAGCUGAACGCCCUGGCGAUCUCGGUGAUGAACCAGUGGCCCGGGGUGAAGCUGCGGGUGACCGAGGGCUGGGACGAGGACGGCCACCACUCCGAGGAGUCGCUGCACUACGAGGGCCGCGCCGUGGACAUCACCACGUCGGACCGGGACCGCAGCAAGUACGGCAUGCUGGCCCGCCUGGCCGUGGAGGCGGGCUUCGACUGGGUCUACUACGAGUCCAAGGCCCACAUCCACUGCUCCGUCAAAGCAGAGAACUCGGUGGCUGCUAAGUCCGGCGGCUGCUUCCCAGGCUCAGCCACGGUGAGGCUGGAGCAAGGUGGCACAAAGCUGGUGCAGGAGCUGAGCCCGGGUGACCGCGUGCUGGCUGCGGACGCACAGGGCCGCCUGCUCUACAGCGAUUUCUUGGCCUUCCUGGACCAUGAACAGGGCGCUCGCAAGCUCUUCUACGUGGUGGAGACACGGCAGCCGCGAGCCCGCCUGCUGCUUACCGCUGCCCACCUGCUCUUUGUGGCGCUGCCACCUCACAACCGCUCCGAGCCUGGGCCGGGGCCGGGGCAGGGGCCAGGGCCAGGGCCCCGCAGCCAGGCACUGUUUGCCAGCCGUGUGCGGCCAGGCCAGCGGGUCUACGUGUUGGGCGAGGGUGGGCAGCGCCUGGUGCCGGCGGCGGUGCACAGCGUGUCACUGCGGGAGGAGGCAUCGGGUGCCUACGCACCACUGACAGCGCAGGGCACCAUCCUAGUGGACCGUGUGCUGGCCUCAUGCUACGCUGUCAUCGAGGAGCAUGGCUGGGCACACUGGGCCUUCGCACCGCUGCGCCUGGCCCACGCCCUCCUGGCUGCCCUCUGCCCCAGCUGUGGUCUGCCCGAUGAGGCGGCGGUGCCCCCUCCUGGCAUCCACUGGUACUCGCGCCUCCUCUACCGCCUGGGCAGUUGGGUACUGGAUAGCGACGCACUGCACCCACUAGGCAUGGCCGGGCCAGCGAGCUGAGAGCCACGCCGCCCCACACCAGGAGACGCGGCUGCUCACGUGCACAAGCCAGCGCGGAUCCAGACUGAUUCCGAAGUCACAUCCCCUCCUACUCCUCCCCCUGCAGUAGGACAGCCCAAAGUAGACUUGAAUGGAGAGAGCCGAGCCCCCAGGGACUUCUGUCCCACCUAGUUUAUAAAUAUAUAUAUUUUUAUUUGCGGGGGGAGGAUUAUUUUUUUGGGGGGAGGGGUUGUUUUGUUUUCUCCUCUCCUGGAUAUUUAUUUGGUCGGUAUUUCGCCUCAAUGGCCUGAACGGGACCUUCAAGAGCCUUAACGCCUUUCUCUGAUAAUUUAUUAUCAUGUGAACUGUACUCACAGGGAUCACAAAAGAAAAGACACAGAUUAUUUUGGGAGGCCGAGCAAAACCGCGCAGAGUCUAUUUUUCUACCUGUCACGCGAGUCCUGACUUUCCCAACUAGCAAAAAUACUCUACCCAUCCCCAUCCCGCCGUUGCAGCAGCUCCUUGGUUUCAGCCAGUCUUAACAACCAACCAACUCACCAACCCACGCACCCACCGACUGACCGACAAAAAAAAAAAAAAAAAAGAGACAAGCUCCGUGGGGGUCCAGAAAUUAUAUUUUUAUACGCAGAAUUGUAAAUUAGAUUUUUUUUGAGAGAUCAAGACUUAACUGAAUCACAUUUCGUUUUUUGAAAUAGUGUAAAAUAUGAGAAUAUAUUAUUUUAAUUUAAAUAGUUUCAAAGGUAACGUCAUUUCCUGUAUUGUUUUCCAUGUCUCUCUUAAGUAUUUUGCUUUGUAAAAAAAAAAACAAAAAAAACCCCAACAACAAAAAAAUACCCCAACCACAACACUGGGCCACGUUCUUGGAAGUCAAGACUGUUACGCAAGCUUUUUAUUUGCAAACCUGUAAGAAACCUUGUUAUUUUUAACGUCAGAAAAGUUUAUUAGAAAAUAAUAUUUUUUAAAAAGCGCACAUGGCAGCAAUUCUGUGAUGCUGGAGAUGGUAGUUUGUACAGAAGGGGGGAAAGGAUGUUUUGCAUUAAUAAAUUGAGAAAUAACUGCUGUAAAUUUACUAAAAUGUAUUUUUGAAUAUUUUGUAAUAGUUUUAAUAGUUUUAUAGAAAUAAAAUGUGCCAUGCACAGUCUGGUUAGUAUAUAAUAACUAAGAGUUCCUGGUGCAUCCCAUUUUUUUUUCUUUUGGCCUAUUUGUUUAGGAAACAUGAUAUCUAAAGGAGUACUCAUUAAUAAUGUGUUGCUUAUAUGUUUAAUUCUGAUAAAGUUAAGUAAAUAACGGAAAGUACAUCACAUCAGCUCCUGGAAAACUUCAAAUUUGUUGUACAAACAGUAGAACCUCACUUAUUUGCACUAACAACCAGAAGAUGUUUCUUGGGUUGCUAGAGACUGGACUUCAUCUUGCCAUCCUUAAUCAGGCAAAACUCCAGCACUCCAGAUUCUUUGUUCACUAAAGACCUCAGAAACCAGUGGAUGUCUUUUCACUGACUUUCCUGAAGUCUAGCCUGGGCCCUUAAAGCAAGCUGAUCUGCAGGUGGCCACUGUGCUUGUGCAGAGUCUCAGUGCCUUGAAUGAUUAGCUUGCAGAACUGGGGCCAAACACUGAUGUGAAAAUCUGGUAAAACUAUACUGACUUUAGUGAAUGACCUUGAAUUCAUCCUGUUAUACCCAGAAGAAGAAUCUGGCUACUAGAUUUUUGUGAUGCACUUGCCUGAGUAAAGAUGACAGGAUUGGGGCCUUUUAUAAUUGGCAGGCAAGAGAAAAAAACAGAGUUCAAAAAGAGUACAGCAUAUCAAAAAGUGCACUGUUCCUUUAUUCCUCCAUGUACAUGUAACCUGGUAAUGGUAAUUCCUAAGAUACUAGUCAAUCAGUGUACUGGCAUGUAUUUUAUAACAGUAGCAAUGCAGCCCCAGUGAUACGGCCUUGCAGCUGUACUCCGCUCUGAAAUCUUUGCUGAGGCGAGGGGUGUGACCAGGCGGUGCGCGAUGAGGACGGUCACAUUUGCUGAUUAGCAAGGUGCCAGUUAGCGAGGUUCUGCUGUGUUUUGUGAAAUUUUCCUUAAACCUCAAAUGACAUUUUUCUUCUUUUAAAAUGAUGCAAAACCAUGUGUGGACAUGCGUGUGAGACAGGACCACAAUCGAAGGAGGAGUUUCCUUAAAUGCUUUUUCACUUUUUCUUCUGUUCGCAUUACUCUACCAUUUAGGCUGCUUACCCUUAAGUUCCCGUUUUGCUGCAGAAGUUUAGCGAAGCCCGCCGUGGAGUUGGAAAAGAGCUGUGUUGCACUUAGCCGGCUCUCUGAGGCGUUUGGAGGUCUAGGCUUUUGUAGAGUUAGUCUUAAGAGGGGGAGGAUGUCUCUGGAGCAGCAAUAGGUUGUCAUGGCCAAACGCCAAUCUGCCUACAUCCAUGUAAAUGACUGACAAUUGGAUGUGCUUUCUGUUCUCUGGCAGUCUCAAGUCUUGGCAUCUUUUCCUUCAGAAGUGUCUGGGAGUGAGCUCUGCAGUGUCUUGGAGUUGUGAACCGUGUCAGAGUAUAGUCAUGUCUUUGUGGAGGAGGUUAAGUAUUCUGCCCUCUUCGUGGCAUUGCUUUAAGGCCCAACCCAACUUCCACUAAGGUAACCAGGCACGUGUACACGUGCCCCUCCCCACGGCACAGUUGCAACUGAACUGUCAUUUAUUGCUUGCUUGAGGAAGUACUAAAUGACAGCACAGUAGCAGCCGUUACUGCGCCGUCCCGGCGGCGGACAGUUGUUUUUAGCAGCUACGUCACCAUAGUGAUACGCUAUAAAGAGGUAGCUUGUCACUACAGCGACGUAGUAGCGGCGUUAUGGUUUGUGCCCGCCAAUGCUGUGCCGCCAUAGCAAUGAGCUACAUUGCAUAGCGCAUUGCUACGGCGACAUAGCAUCACGUGGAGACGUGCCCACUAAAUCUUUUUACUGAUCCUGAAAGGAGUAGGAACAGGCCCCUGGGCAACAUUGUGGGCUCAAACGAUGACUACCUCUGGUGUUGUAAACUGUCUGCCCCCAAAACGUGGUAGUGUCUAGGUACCCUCAACUCAAAUCAUGGCAGUGUCUGGGGCUGUAAAUGGUGUCCCCCCUUUGGCAUGGUCUGACACUCUAAUCAGUCUCUGUUCAAAAUAUACCAGUAUUUGGAUUGUAUUUGUGGAGUGUCUGGAUUCAUAACGAUCGGACUGUGGCAGUAGCUGAGGCUUUAAUUACUUGCAGCUCUCUGGCAGCAUAUGGAGUUCUGCCCACGUUGUUUGUUGGGCUAGGGUCGUAAACUGCUGCCACCCCAGCACGGGGUAUUGCUUGGGAUUGUGAACUGCCCGUCCCGACAAAGCGAUGGCCUUUAGGUCUGUAAAGUCAUUCUGUCAGAUUGUGCUGUGUCCAUGUCAUUAGGGUCGUAAACUCUCUGCCAUUAGUAUGUGCUGAUACAUCUGGGCUUAUAACUUCCUUGCGCUCAGAAUAUAGAUAUUUCUGGAUAUGUAAAAUAUGAUCUAAAAAAAAAAAGUCUCUGAAUUUUUAAGAGUUUUGUCCUUAAUGUGGCAGUGUCUGGGUAUCUAAGCUCUCUUACCAAUAUCUCUGAACAAAAACUGGUAUUUUGUAAGGCCUCUACUGCUGGAACAUGACAGUAUUGAAGGCUUAUUUAGAGAUCACACAAUUGCAGUGUUUAGGGAUGCAGGCUAUUGAACUCAAAGCAUGGUUGUAUUUGGGACUGCAAUAUAAAUCAUGAAUGUUAGACAUAAAUGAAGACCUAGUAGAUCAUAGCCCAUCCCUCGAAAAAGGCAGGACAUAGUCCCUAGAUGGAGGCCAUAUCAGAUGCUGAUGCAUUUGUUCUUAGCCAGAAGACCAAGCUCAGAUCAUUUAAGCGUGAGAGCAGCUAAGAUGCUGUGUUUUAUUAGGAUCAACCAUUUUAGUCAAGUAAAGAAAUGCUGUGCUGUGUUUUCAUUGCACAUAUUUCUAAUGACUACGUGCUCCCCUCUCAACAUAUAUUUAUUACAUCUCUUAAUGAUGCCUUCAGAGCUUUACAGAUUGAGCACCCCUCCGUCAUACUUAUUAGAAGUGCUUUGUUAGGCGGAUCAAUAGAAUCUAUAAAGCUCUCAUAUGAAGGAUCUACUGUCUUAACAUUGUGCAAAAAGUUUAGGAAAUGUCACGAUCCAUUUUCAGGGUCUGAGUAUGGCAAUAGUUUGUAUAAAAUGUACACAUAGUGGUGGCUACAGAAUAGUUUAUGACUAAAUACAUAUCUAUUACUGUUAAAAUAAUGUAUAAGAAUGUACUUGAAGCUAUUAUUCUUGUGCUCUGUUGUUUGAAUAAUUAAAGAAAUUACAGAGA